UCGUAGGAACGGGUGGUCGGUCGCGUUUCUUCGCCGGUCCUGAUCGCGAUGUAAACAAAAUCCUCGCUCCAAUUCGGUGUUCCUCACGCGAUCUACCCCUGGUCACUUUACACAUUCUAGACCCUCGUGUUUGCCGAAUCGAUCGUCCAGUUUGCGAGACAUCAACUGCACGUGUCCCUAAACGUCUUCAAUCAUUUUCGGUGAUCGAUCAGUCAAAAAAAUGUGGAUCACCGGUUUUUUACCAGGAUCCGAGGGUGGCGUUUGAUAAUUUUUCUUCUGCGUUUGAUUCACACUUGGAAACGAUUUUAAAUUGAAAAUAAGAGGGACAAUGGAAACAUGUGAUUCGUCUUUAUGGUGCGAACGAGAUGGUUUUUAAUUCUGGGCACCCGAGCUCUGUGACACGGUAAUUGUACCAUGGGUGCUAGUAGGCGUUAAAACGUGUUGCGUUAGCCGUACACAGGGUAAUAGGUUGAACGCUGAUAAAGGGACGGUUUUGAAGAAUGUAAUGAAGAACGACGUUGCUAUUAAUGUGGAUAAAGUUGUGUUUAAGUAAAACGUAAUUUUGUGGACUAAUUGGAUGGGGUACAGAUUUCAAUUAAGGACAAUGAACGGCGCUGCUUAUCUUAAUCUCUUGGCGUAGUUAAUUCUAACUGGACUAAUUUCAACUGGUAUACCGAUUAACAUCUAACGUGCUCGCCAGAAGAGGAUCAAGAAAAGUUUUCUAAAAUUUACGAAGUAAUUCAAGACACACAGUAAUCAGUUACAAUGUUAGAAGAGCAUCUUUACUUGGACACCGGUGUUAAAACAUGUAAUAAAAGAAAACACUGAUUCAGAGAUCUCUUGAAUUCAAUUAGAAGAUUUAUGUGCUUGAUAAAAGGAUUGUCAUAAUUUCUAACGAUGCGAACGAUCGAAGAACCGAUAACGGAAAGUUGUUGAUUACAAACGGUGGGACGUGUCCACAAAGCACAACUUUUAACCAACUAUAAUGUGCGAUUUCAACAUCGGGAACUAUAGCACCUGUGGAACCUUGAGGCCACCGCGAUGUUGAAAAAGCUGAGGACGAGGCCGGCCGCUGGAGGAGCUCCAAAGAAUCUGAAGACUAUCGUUUCGAAUCUCGCGUAAACCAACAUUCAUCAACGAUUCGCUCGGCGGGUUCCAUUAUGCCACGAAAACGGCUGCCCGGGAACCACUUAACAACAGAGCCAGGGAGCUUCUAUCGGCAUCUGCACCGCGUGCUCUUCAAUAUCCGUUAGCAAACUAGACCAAACUCUGCUUCCGUUCUUCAAUGGCUUGCCAGGAUCUUCCGAUGAACCUCGUCGAUGACGACAUCGACGAAGAGGUGGUAGAGGGUGACGAGGAACCACGCGGCAGGCCGCGGUAACGAAACAAAUCGGAAGACUCGAGGCUGGAAAAAUGGAAUCGAACGAGACGGAAGGAGAGUCAGGAAAUCUGUCGGGUCUGUCGAAGGUCCUGGUCGACACCGGCCAGAAUCGUUCCGUCCCGUACAACGACGGACACGAGCUGGAACAGGUGUUUCUCCUGGCGACGAAGGCGACGGUGAUGGGCUUCAUAAUCAUCUGCGCGUUGUUCGGCAACUUGCUGGUGAUCGUGUCCGUGAUGAGACACAGGAAGCUUCGCGUAAUUACCAAUUACUUCGUGGUCUCGUUGGCGUUGGCGGACAUGCUGGUAGCAAUAUUCGCGAUGACGUUCAACGCUUCGGUCGAGCUAUCCGGUCGAUGGCUGUUCGGCUAUUUCAUGUGCGACGUCUGGAACUCGUUAGACGUGUUCUUCAGCACCGUGUCCAUACUCCACCUGUGCUGCAUCAGCGUCGACCGUUAUUACGCGAUCGUUCAGCCGUUAGACUACCCACUGAUCAUGACCAACCUACGGCUGGGUACCACGCUGAGCGUGGUCUGGUGCUCGCCUACGGUGAUGAGCUUUCUGCCCAUAUUUGCCGGCUGGUACACCACCGAGGAGCACCUCGAAUUCCGCAGGAACUAUCCGGACGUGUGCGUUUUCCAAGUGAACAAACUCUACGCCGUGAUCAGCUCCUGUGUCAGUUUCUGGGUGCCGGGAAUCAUCAUGAUAGCCAUGUAUUACAGGAUCUAUCGGGAAGCCGAUCGUCAAGAACGCAUGCUCUACCGGAGCAAAGUGGCGGCCGCGCUUUUGAACAAACAUCUACAGAUCAAUGGGAUUUCCGCUGGUUUGACGACGCUCCCGACCAUCGAUCAAUCGUCCCCGGAUCCCCAGCCGGAGGAUCCGCCGAUCACGAGCAGCAGCAAAAUGAGGCGAGAACGAAAAGCUGCCAGAACAUUGGGAAUCAUCAUGUCAGCGUUCCUCGCCUGUUGGCUACCAUUCUUUCUAUGGUACAUCAUCACCUCGCUGUGCGACAGUUGCAAGAGCAGCGACGCGGUGGUGGCGGUGGUGUUCUGGGUGGGCUACUUCAACAGCGCGUUGAACCCGUUGAUCUACGCGUACUUCAACCGGGACUUCAGGGCGGCGUUCAGGAAAACGUUGGAGAGCUGCUGCGUGGCGAUAGCCCCGGUCCGCGAUCUUCGCCAGACGCACAGGAAACAGGACCUCGUGCACAGCAACGCGUCCUCGGAGCUGCACGUGAACAAUCAAUUAAGGGCGAGCGAGAUGACCAACGUGCACAUCGAGGCGUGCAUUUGAGGACCGACCGUCGGCUGUUAACUUCGUGCCAUGGCUGUCUUGCCUUUUGAUUGCCAAUCAACCCACGACAGUUUUCGGUGCGCAAUUAACGGUGAUUUGGUCACGUGCACCGUUUUUCGUCGCCAAUUAAGAUAACAAGUUCUUUUUUUAUUCCCACAUGAUUGCUCAUAACAUUUGAACGAUACAAAGUCGUUAGUCCUUCUGUCAUCGCUUUUAAAAACGUUUUUGUGAUAUGAUCCUGACUAUAGAACCGAGGCAAGCUUUCUUCACUUGUUUUAAGGAGUUUUUUUACAAGUCAGAGUAUCGUGGACAUGACUUAAAUAAAAUGUUCUGGGAAAACUAACAUUGACAUCAUAUAUGUGAAAACUGUAUUUUUUAAUCGCUGUGGUAUGACGUUAUUAAACGAAGAAGUUUAACGUUCGAGGAAAGUUUCGUCCUGGAGGAUCUUUAAUACGGACAAUCUAUUUUAAAGCGCUUGCCUGCCAGCCGGCCAGACUCUGUCGUCUAUUUCUAACCGCGUGGCGUUUUAUCAAGUCCGUAAAUAAGGCUGCUGCCCCCGAGCAGAUGGACGAUCUGAUUUGAGUAAUAAUUUAAGAUUGGCCUGAUAACGUCGCCCACCCUGUUCCAGUUCCUCCCUUUUACACGCUGAUUAAAUUUUUUCAAUUCCUUAUGACGUCGCAAUUGAAAUUUGAAUGACAAUUAAGAGAUAAAUAAGAUUCUGUCAGAAUUCAUGUGAACCUUCUGCAAAGAGUAACAUUCACUGAAAACCCUGGAACAAAGAAUCCAAGAAGAAACCAAAGUACAAACGUAGAAAAAUGCAUAGAGCAUUUGAUUAGCGCAAAGAAAUGAGUUCUAGCAGCGACUGACGAGUUCCUGGUUUAUUAAAGUCAGACGGGAAGAACGAUGGAAGCUUGCAUGUACGAGCAGAUAGGAAAGUGAACGCCGCGCACGAUUGUGGUCGAAACGUCGCGUCGGAGCAUGAAAAUUACCUGAAGCGUGAAAGUGGCCCGGGAACCGGAAUGUUGACACGUGGAAUUAAAGGAUGAACGCCGAGUGCUGCGAAAGGAACGCGGAUUACUUGGGGAGGCCUGUCUAUUUGAACGGUGCUACUGAAAAAGCUGGCCCGAUAAAAACAAGUCUUGCGAAAACCGCAAAAAGCUUCAGCGCGGGUUAUUUUAUUGCCCGUCACUUUCCACGAAAAGAAAUUGUCAGAUCUUUUACGGGAGAGCUUUAGAAUUGCUUUUUCAAACGCAGUAUGCAUGGAAUGGAAUGUACAGGUUUCACUUAAAUUUAAAUUUAAUAGUACUGGUUCCUGAAAUUCCUGAGUGUCGCAUCGAGUCAUGUCGUUCCUCGAAACACUUGCGUUUACUCAGAACACUGGAACAGAUACUAUGCGAAUGAUUACACCGUCAAUGGAACACUAAUGCGCGGCGUGUAACACAGUCGAAUUCGUACACGCCGUUCGCGUUUCAAAAGACACGGGAUACGUUGCGUGACAAUGCACAGUCGGAUAACAGGAUUGUUCGGACGGUAUAACAAAUUCGAAUAAACCAGGUUUUAGAGGUUUCGCGUAAGCUAUUUAAACGGUGGCUGUUUUAUGGGACAGACAGCUGGCUCUAUAGAAAAUAUACGGCCGCGUUGAUGCGCGGGGCAAUUAAUUCUAUCAACGAGCUCCGUUUGUCACUGGAAUUAACAUUUUAUUUAAUGAACUCGACCGGAAUCCGUUCUCCACUUAAAUUAACGCCCGUAACAGGUAUUUAUCUUUCUCAAAUUGUUCGAAAAACGGUGCAAAUGGAAAGUCCGCGAGCUCGCAAUUUUACUCUGACAGGAAAUAAAUGAUAAGAGAAAUAAUGAUUAAACAGGGAAAUAAAUGAUAAAAUUCGAGUAAUAAACGGGAGUGGAAUAAUCUGAAGGAAUCGUCCGAUAAGCUUUUUGUUACGUAAUAAAUCAUCGAGAUUUUCGAGAUCGAGCGCCAGUUCAUUAAUAACAAUUUCAAGUGCCACUGCGAAGAGAGUUCCCAACGAUGUGAAUCCUUGCAUUUUUUUAAGGAGUAUCACGAAACAGUGUCGGUUACCUGACGAAAAUUUAUACCGACGCAGAAAGACGAAUGCACCUCGAUACAUUUUUCACGGAAGAUCGCGACGAUUUCGGAUGCAUUCGCCGAACCCAUGCAUCAUGCGCGCUUCCCCGAAAAAAGCUACCGUGUACAUAAGCUGCAGCGAUUCCUCAUGUCUUUCGCCCGGAAAAAAUACAGCUGCCAGAGACUGGAACAUCGCUUCCUAUUGUUAAGAAGCUUAUGAAAUGGUCUCACAUAAAAAGAGUUAUAAUAUCAUUCUGUUCCCUCGAUAUUUUCUUUUGAAAAUCCAGUACCAAUGUGUAUUACACAACAUUAGCAGAUUACUUUAAAGCAUCAAUUACCCUAAUUAUGGUUUGCAACUUAGUCCCAACGAGGAACCGGGAGUUUAUUAAAAAUAUCGUCCAGCCUUAUCCUAGAAGCUCAGUAUUGGUUCACAUUUGCAUAGGAGUUGCAUUAUAGACACGCUCAACGAAAACGUCAAAAUAUCUUAGCAACCCGGCGCAACGCAUUAAGGAGAUUACCACGACUCCCAAUGGAAUCGGCAGACGUUAUUGGCGAAUAUAUUCCAUCGCACAAAAUUGUAAUUCGAGGACGAAAUUAGAAAGCGAAACGAGCUCAUGAAAAGGAAUGAAACAGCUUGACAUUCGCAGAAUUAUCCUGGAACGUUGAAGAACGUUACACGACGAUUUAAUACGUGAAUACGUUCAAAAGGCAGUAAUCCUCGUUUUUCUAUUAUUAGAAAGAAAGCCUCGAAUACUUGAAUGUAAAUAGCUGCUACUUUUGGGAAUUUGUUGAUUUACGAGGUAGAAACUAGAAGAGCGACUUGGCCAAUUCAUCACGAUCAGCCGCAUUAUGCACGUGGAUGUUGGCCCUCGUUAAGUCGAACUGGCCAACUUUUCGCAUGGAUUCACGUUUCCGUUCUUCACGAAUCGUUUGCCUGGAUUCUCGAACGAGUAACGAGCCAUCCAAGUUCUCGAAUUAUUAUUCUCCCUGCAUAAUUUAAUAAAAGCUCAUCGUGUACCUCUUUUUUCUUCGAAUUGGCACGUUUUGUUUUUUUUUUGUUCACCCGAUGUUUUCCUUCCGACGCGGUAGUUGGACAGGUAAAUGACGCGAGUAUUUAAUGUUCGAAUUUUCGUUUCGCCGCGUUCGAUGGAAACGCAUUUAUGAAAUUAAUGGAGUGCGACGCUUGCGUGCCAGGGUCCGGCGCGCUGCUCUGAACUUUGAUAUUUGGAGCGUGUAUCUGUUGGUACCGUCCGCUCAUUGUUUAAUUAAACGACAUUCAAUGCUCGUUUUCAUGCUAAUGUUGGCUUACGUUAAUAUGAUACUAGCUCAUCAUAUAACAAGCCGUCUUCGUUACGAAUCAAGGUUCAUGUUCACGAGAACUCUGAUUUACAUUUAUUUCGCUAUGGUAUAACGAAAGGAAAGCAUGAUCUAUUUCGAAGGUUUUGGAUCAAAUGCAUUAACGUCAAAGUAGAAAUUUCAUUUUAUCUUGUUUUAAUCCCGGUGUCGUUGCAUUUGAUCAAAGCCUUCCGUGUCUGUCGCGUACACACAAAAUACCCCGAAGAGAAGCGUAACGAGAAGUGCUUUUCAUCGUCAACUUCAUAUUUUUACAAUAUAAAACCGCUUGACGACGCAAUCUCGUCUGCAGAACAAUCAUUAACCUGUAAGUCUUAGCGAUCUUAUCGUCGCGUUCCUCGAAACGAAUUAAGAAAUCGCGAAGCAACAGUUUAACUCGAUGUUCGCGUUAUCUAUCGAUUAGAAGUGUAAGGCGACUAGUGACCUAACGUGCAAAAAUCAGUGUUGUCGUAAGUACCGGUGUUAUCAGAACUCUUGUAAAAAAAAAAAAAUAAAGGGACAGAUGAAUCGUCGUACAAACGAUAAAUGAUACUUGUUCGAAAAAUUCGAAUCGGGAGAGACGAGAGAGAGUAUAGUCACAGUGUAAGAAAGAACAGUAGGCUCAUUUAUGGUGUCGGCUCCUAUGAUCUCAUUGCCAAUAGAUUCGACAUGUUAUUAGGUGUACGUGGAUUCUAAUGGGUUGGCAACUAAAUGAUUGAGAAUUUUAAAUAACGUGUCUAUCGACAAAUUCCGCAAUUAUUUAAUUGUCAACCUAAUAAUUUAAAUGAUACAACCAUGAGCGUAUUACAAAAUCGUAGAAAUAACAGACUCAAUUGCUAUUGGUAUGUAGCUAUAGUUGUCAGAUAUAAAAAAAGUCCUAUGCAACUUCCUUCCUACUCCAAUCGUUAAGGAAUAAUUGGCAAUGAACGAACUAAUUAGUCCUAAAUUAUUCAAGAUAGAAGAAAAGUGCACAAAUUGUUAGUGCACUUAUUCACAAAGUAAACCUACUGUUCUUUCUUAUACUUUGGUAUAGUAUUCAAACGACAAUAGCGGUCAAAAAAAUUAUUUUACUAGUUCAAAACUAAAGCCUAGGUCAUCGUUAGCCGUAAUCGUGUGAGUCAAUGAGCGAAUGAUAGAUAUUUCAUGAAAGUACGAUUGCGAAAAUAAAGAUGAAACUGAAUUCUGUUUCCUUGUAGCGACAGAUGAUGUUAUAUACGUAUAUUAUAUAUAUAUAUAUUAUAUAUAUACACAAGAAAAAUAUGUAUACAAGUAUGGAUAAAUAUAUCAGAUGAUCGUUUGAAGAAAAAAAAAAUGUGCCGAGCUACGCGCGUAGGGCAUUAAUAAUAAAAUUUCAGAAAGAGUU